AUGCUCAAAACCUGGCUCGCCGUCCUCUCCGCCGCUCUGGCCCUCGCCCUCCCCUCCGACUCCUGCAGCGCCGGGGGUCAUCAACCCCCAAAUCUCCCCCAGAGCGAUGGUGCCGCCAGCCUGCCUCAACCGCCCCCCUCCUCCAAGCUGCUCUACAUAGCCCUCGGUUUCGGGAUCCAAAAUUACACCUGCCGUACCGCCGGCGCCACACCUACCUCCACCGGCGCGCUCGCCAUGCUUUACGACAUCACCAAGCUCUAUCCCGGGCAUGGCAAGCACUCCCUCUCCCAGACGGCCUGGGACGCACUCACCUCGCGCGCCCUGCGCACCCACGACGUGCCUCUCAACUUCAACUCCUCCGCCGCCGGACGAGGCGACCCCCGCAUCAGGCGAGCCUCGCAAACCGACCCCUUCCCCCCCGACUCCCCUCUCCACCUGUCCGGCCUGAAGCCGCUGCACUUCCUGGGCCACCACCUAUUCACCCCGGCCGGCGUGCCCGACUUUGUCCUGAAGCGCGGCGCCGUCAACCUCCUGGCCAAGAAGCUCGCCGCCGUGGAUGCGCCCCGGUCCGCCGACAAGGGGCCCGACGGCACCGGCGCCGUGCCGUGGCUUCAGCUCGGCGCCAAGGACGGCAGCGUCGGCCAUGUCAAGUACGUCUAUCGGGUCCUGACUGCCGGAGGAGCCAGCCACGGUUGUUCUGGACAAGGCGACGAUGGCACCAGCUACACCGCCAUGUACUGGUUUUUCGGUUGA